AUGUGUAUCCGCCACGUCCAAUUCUUCGAGUGCCCCUCGAGGGACGGCGUCCCCAAGCGCCACUCCAUCAAGAGCAACAUCCUCUGCUCCAACCACUUCCCCUGUCCCGACGCCCACUGGGAGUGCCGCACCAGCGAGUACACCCAGAUGUGCCCCGGCUGCUCCGGCGAGCCUCCCGAGGUCCCCAGCCAGAGGCCCCAGAGGGACGCCUGGGAUCGCGACAUGGCCAUGGACAACGUCUGGGCCAACAACUACAUCGAAGGCCUCGCCAACGCCGUCUUCGCCUGGGACUGGGCCCGCCACUUCAGCCAGAGCGACAUGUCCUCCAUCAAGCGCAUUACCGAGCUCUAUCCAACCUUCUUCCUCGAGCGCCGCUGCAAGGAACACGCCCAUCGGCCCUCCCGGUGUCACUGCGAGGCCGCCGGGCCGCUCGCGUACUUGUACAACCCCGCCGCUGCCGCCCGGAGGCACUUUACCGACCAGGCGGCCGCGCGUUUCGAGGCGAACGCGCAGGUACAGAGCGAGUUCGCGCGGCAGAUCUUUGCCGAGAUUCACCGGAACCUCGCCGCGGAGUGUACGGGCAGCAAUGUCUACUUCACUGACGGCAUCGCCCGACAGCCCUUCUUCUCUACGGAGGCUGUUAUGCGGAGACAGGCGACGAUUGACGAGAUCGUCGGCAAGGCGUUCAAGACCGUCAACGACGAACUACUCGAGAGCGCGGCGGCGAACGGGGCGAAGUGGACCGACGCACACACGCUGAUGGAAUCCAAGGCAUACCGGCGCAAAGGUCUCGUCCAAUUCAUGUGCCAGAUUGCGGUAUAUGACAACGGCUUCUCCAUGGCGCGGUUUUGUAUUGUCGUGGAAAAGCUCGCGCGCAUCAUCCAGACGCCGCAGUGGCGUCGGUCGUCGGAUGUCGUUGCGCUCGAGAAGCUGGCCAACGCAGUGUCGUUUCCGCCUAGCGACGCGAAUGUAGCCGGGUACGGAACCGGCACCGGGUUUGAGGAGCUCAUCUGGGAGGCGAUGGCGUUUUUCACAGGGAAGCGCGAGGUGUGGGCACGGGAGAUACGGAACUACAUGGCGAAGCGUCUCGUUUUUCAGCAGUCCGUCGAGGACGUGACGGAUGCCGAGCUCCAGGCCCUCAUGAAGAACAACGGCGUCCAAGAGGAGUGCGUAAUUUGCUAUGCGGAUUACUGGGAGCGCCGCUCGGAGAAGGAAGUCCCGCCGGCGGUGUCCAGCCCAACGGCAGCUGAGCGACCCCGUCCCCGGCCGAGACGGCGACUCAGCGCCCAGGAGAGCAACUUGUCCAACCUGUCCAACAUCUCGAACCAGAUUCGGCGGCUCAGGUGGGACGACGACCCCAACGUGCAACUACGGAUCUUUGGUGCGAGCACGGCGGGAUGGACCGUGUUGGACCGCGGAGAGCAGCCUGUCCGGAUCAAACAUUGCGGGCACAUCUUUGGAAGGAGCUGCUUGUUCCGGACGUGGGUGACGGAGGCGAAUGAUCCAGACUUGAGACCGGCGUGUCCGAUGUGCCGGGCAGAGCCUCCGGACGGGGUAAUCCGGAUGAUGGAGGGGUUUUUGGGACCGUUGAUGACGCGCGGGGCGGCAUGGGGCCUGCCUACCUCUCUAUUGUCGCUCGUCCGCCGGCAAUGA